CCGAGAAUCUAAAUCAGUACUCGCUGGUCACUGAUCAUAUGCUGAUUCCAAGAACCCAUCGCAACGCUUUCUUUUAUCGGGGUAAUUGGCACCUGGUACCGAACACAUACAAAGUCCCUUGUAGACUCCAACAACCUGGCCGUCUAGUGCCGUUGUCGCGCCAUGGCAGCCCCUAAAGAAAGCCUGGCACACAGACCGGAUGACAUCAACACAAAUUCCAUAUUCUCCAUGCAAGAACUGGACCCGUCGCCGGUAGAUGAUGAAUUUCCAGACCUCGAAUCUGGCGAAUACUUCCCCAACAAACAGAGUCGCCCGGCGGUACCCCAGACUACGGCCGGGGGAACGUUCUCAUCGCUCAAGUUAGGUCUUCGCGGGCACAGCUGGGAUUCCUGGUUGUCUGCUUUCCAACGCUACUCGACAUAUCCACCCAGCCUAUUCCUUGCAUUGCAUUGGGCCAACACAUCUCUCAUUCCUCUCGCGACUCGGUCCGUGCCCGAUAGCGAAAACUUUCUGCUUUUCACGAGACCCGUCUACCAGUCUCCAUCACUCGAACACCUAGUCCUGACCGUUCCCAUUCUGAUCCACAUUGCGUCCGGAAUUGCCUUGCGCAACAUUCGCGCUGCACGGCGGGCGCGACUGUACGGCGCUGAGACAAGGUCACAAAGGUCUUCGUUGAAUUUUUGGCCUCGAAUGAGCCUGCAGGCCCGGUUAGGAUAUACUCUCGCCCCACUACUGGGUUCCCAUAUCCUCGUCAAUCGCAUCACCCCACUGAUGGUUGAUGGAGGAAGCUCAGGAGUUGGUUUAGGUUAUGUGGCCCAAGGAUUUUCACGAGCCCCCGUCCUUUGGAAUCUUUAUUAUAUGAUGUUUGUCACCGUCGGAGUGUGGCAUUUCAUUGGGGGCUGGGCCUCCUGGAUGGGCUGGAGAGUGACCACGGCCCGGAAGGAACAAGCCCGAAAGAAAGGCUCAUUAGAGGGAUACCUGGGACACUCUGAAAGCGAGCAACGAGUCCGCAGACAGAAAAAGAUGUGGUGGACUGUCAACGGGAUCGCUGCGGUGGGCGCGUCAGUCUGGCUGGCUGGCGCCCUGGUAAUCAUCGGCCGGGCCGGGCAGGGCUAUGGCUGGGAGGCCAGUGGGUGGAAUGAGAUAUACAGUCAGGUCCCUGUCAUUGGGAGCUGGCUCUGACCGACUAAUGUACCGAUGGAAGUCACGGCCGACAUUAUGUAUUAUAAUAACAAGAUUAAUGUAAAUGGAUGAUAGCGCAGAUC